CAUCAACGUCGCAUACCCUUCAUCAGCCAGGCUUUCGAAUGCACCUGUCGAUUUAAUUCUACAGCCCUUCUUUGGACUGCUCCUACGAAGGCCAAUCUCAAAUUCAACCCAACAAGCUUCAAUCCCUUAUCGGCAAACCUCAUAUGCCUCAAUCAUCGCUUCGUGAGGUCUGGGAAGGUGCUGUAGGCAAUCAGUUUGCCCCGUCAAUCAGCAAGGACAGCCAGUUCUCACUCGGUUUCUCGUUGCUUGCUUUGGGCAUAUUACUAAGUGGAUACUUUGGUUUGAAUCGCUCAGUCACAAACCUCCCACUUGUCGGCGUCCCGGCCGCCCUCGCAAUCGGCUUCGGUGCAGUGUAUAUGAUCUGUGCAGUUGGCGUCUACGUUUAGAUUCGCUUGCUGUUGCCAUUGGGUGGGAAGAGCGUGAAUAAGGAAGGCCAGAGCCGACUGCGAUUCAUCGUGCUCAAGAAUUUAUCAAUUGGCUUGCGAAGUGAACGCGCAAGAGACAAAGUCAUCGAAGAUACCCCCGCCGAUCCCUCGUCUGUGUAUAAUAGCAUGCCCUCCACGACUUAAGGGCAUUUGAAGAGAAUAUCUGUGGGCAGUGUAUGAUUAGCGAAUCAAGAUACCUCUUUUGACUCCUUCGCGGCUUUCCGUGGUAUGAGAAUUCACCAUGUCAGCCAUAAUAGAGACCGACGACCCUGUCCCAAUAUUCAACGCAGUAUCUACAUCUGUUAGACAACUCUGCCAACUUCUUAAUUGUAUUCGCUUUGCGCCAAAGGUGCAAAUUCAUAUCUCCCCUGAAGGGAUUCAAUUUGCCGUGGAGGAGGGCCGCGUCAUGCAAGCAACCGCAUUUCUUGAUAAAGCUCUCUUUACGUCCUUUACAUAUAACCCCCCUACAUCCGACGACAAUGAUACGGCCGAACCCCCAUCGUUCCAAGUAUCUUUGACAGCACUGCUCGAGACUCUUCAGAUUUUCGGUGCCUCCGAGGCUUCGUCUCGUUUCUCCAAGCCGGAGUCUGACGAGUAUGCCACCAGUAUCCGCCCACACAGAAUCACCGCCUUCAGCAACCAGACUCUUGGUAUGACUGGAGUCUGUCGCUUUUCUUACCUUGGCGUUGGCGAACCAUUCCGUGUCAUACUUGAGGAAUGCGGCGUGACUACUACGUGCAAUCUGAACUCCUACGAGCCAGAGAAUGCAGAUGAAAUCCCAUUUAACAAGCAAGAGUUAGAAGUAAAGAUCAUCAUGCAAGCUCAAUUUCUCUACGACGCGUUUCUAGAGAUUGCCUCAAUGACAGCUACGUCUGCAACCUCCUCCAACCGACUGAAGGUUGUCGCUUCGCCGAACUCGCCGUUCUUCUCACUAUCAGCUACUGGCUCGUUAGGCAGCACGACUGUGGAGUUCAGCAAGAGCAGGGACUUGCUCGAGACAUUCUCGGUCAGCCGGAAUUGGACGCAGUAUUACAGGUUCGAGAUGGUCAAAGCAGCUGUGGAGGCCAUGAAGCUAGCAAGCAAGGUCAGCUUCCGCGGCGACAGCCAGGGAGUCCUAUCAUUGCAAUUUAUGAUUGAGGUGGAAGGAGGCGGGAUAAGCUUUAUUGAUUUUAGAUUCGUGCCCUUUAUUAGCGGGGAUGAGGAUGAUACUGAAAGCGAGGAGGAUAAUUAUGAUGAUAAUGGGGAGGAAGUUUAGGGUGUAGCCGUCUCACGAUUAUGUGGCUAUAUGAUAUCUCGUGUCCUUUGAGUAACGGGGUAAGGCUGGUCAGAGGAACAACGAUAUAGCUCUAAUUACCUUAAAUGAUGCUGAAUUACCAUUCUAGCAUAUAUUUGGCGUUUCUCUGGCACCUGUCGUUUAUCACAUAAAAAAACACUUUCCUAGUCCAUGUCUUUGCAUUUAUUUGAGUGGUU